AUGUCGAUGCCAGCUUCCAGCUCCAGCCGCAAUGCUACGGUACAUGGGAGUGGCCCCUAUGCGCAACGACAAAGAUCUGACCCUUUGCCUGCCGCCCUGCCGCCGCCCUGCGUCCGGGCAACAGAGCAAAUCCGACCGCAAGCCCUGAUCUACCUCACCCUAGGCGCGGCGUGCAGCGGCAGCGGCAGCAGCAGCCUCAAUGGGACGUACAAAAUCCACAUUACGUGCAGAUAG